GAAACCAGAGGUGUGGGCGCUGGUAUUUUUUGCAGAGCUGCAGAACAUCGUUAAAGUGAUAAACAGUUGCAAUAAGCCAUUACCUGCACACGUUAAUGUAAUUAGUAAACAAACUUGUGGCAAGCGUCGAGCUCCUGCGUCAGACUUUACGCACCAUGCGCCCUGUGUGACUAGAAGCUGAUUUCGCAUCUUUGCGCGCAGUGAUGUUGUAUACCGGAGACAGUGCCUGAAUGAAGAGACCGUGCAGUUUGCUUUGGAUUCAUAGUGUCACGCUGACACGGACGCUACAACCAGUUCUGUACAUUACACAAGAUUGAAGAAAAAAACACAACUUUCUUUCCCUGCUUCUUCCUGAUCUCCCUGCAGUCAGUCUCCUCCACCACCUUCAUCUUGAAGGAGUUCCGGUGUUGCAGCCAUGCCAAAGAACACCAAGGUGACCCAGCGGGAGCACAGUAAUGAGCCAGUCACUGAGUCGGUGGCUGACCUGCUGUCCCUGGAGCACCCCAUGGACUAUAAGAGCAGUCAGAUGAGUAUGGGUUUGAGUCCUGGCUCUACCGCUCCAGUGAAGGCCCUGAUACCCUCCCCUGACCCCGACGCCGAGGACGGCAGACCGGCCUGGAACAACAAGCUGGAGUACAUCCUGGCCCAGGUGGGCUUCUCUGUAGGCCUAGGUAACGUCUGGAGGUUCCCCUACCUGUGCCAGAAGAACGGUGGAGGUGCAUACCUGGUGCCCUACUUUAUUCUCCUCCUCCUCAUCGGCAUCCCCCUGUUCUUCCUGGAGCUGGCAGUGGGACAGAGGAUCAGGCGUGGCAGCAUCGGGGUGUGGAACUACGUCUGCCCACAGCUGGGAGGCAUCGGGGUUUCCAGUCUGAUGGUUUGCGGUUUUGUGGGCCUCUACUAUAAUGUGAUUAUCGGCUGGAGCAUCUUCUAUUUCUUCCAGUCUUUCCAGUAUCCACUGCCUUGGGCUGAAUGCCCCAUCCAGAGAAAUGGAUCCCUAGCCAUCGUGGAGCCGGAGUGUGAGAAGAGCUCGGCCACCACUUACUUCUGGUACCGCCAGACUCUCAACAUCACCAGCUCGAUCGAUGACACCGGCGGCCUGAACUGGAAGAUGACCCUGUCCCUUCUGGUAGCUUGGAUCUUGGUCUGCCUGGCUGUCAUCAAGGGCAUCCAGUCCUCUGGGAAGGUGAUGUACUUCAGCUCUCUCUUCCCAUAUGUGGUGCUUUUCUGUUUCCUGGUGCGAGGUUUGAUGCUGAAGGGAGCGGUGGAUGGCAUCGCUCACAUGUUCACCCCUAAGCUGGAAAAGAUGUUGGAGCCGCAGGUUUGGAGAGAAGCAGCCACGCAGGUCUUUUUCGCUCUCGGUCUUGGCUUCGGAGGCGUCAUCGCUUUCUCCAGCUACAACAAGCGAGACAACAACUGCCACUUUGAUGCAACGCUGGUCUCCGUCAUUAACUUUGUCACCUCCAUCCUGGCCACUUUAGUUGUGUUUGCGGUCCUGGGGUUCAAAGCGAACAUCAUGAACGAGAAGUGUGUUGUCGAUAAUGCAGAGAAGAUUUUGGGCUUCCUAAACACAGGUGUGCUGAGCAAAGAGCUCAUCCCUCCUCACAUCAACUUCUCCCACCUGUCCUCCCAGGACUACGCAGAGAUGUACGGUGUCAUUAAGACGGUUAAGGAGGACAGCUUUGACCAGCUGGGCCUGGACGCCUGUGUGCUGGAGGACGAACUCAACAAGGCGGUUCAGGGCACUGGUCUGGCAUUCAUCGCCUUCACAGAGGCCAUGACACAUUUCCCUGGCAGUCCCUUCUGGUCUGUCAUGUUCUUCUUCAUGCUGAUCAACUUGGGUCUGGGAAGCAUGAUCGGCACCAUGACUGGCAUCACCACACCCAUACUGGAUGCUUUCAAGAUCCGCAAAGAGAUCCUGUGUGUGGCUUGCUGUAUCAUAGCCUUUCUGUUAGGCCUGCUGUUUGUGCAGCGCUCGGGGAACUACUUUGUCACAAUGUUUGAUGACUACUCGGCUGGUUUGCCUCUCACUGUGGUGGUGAUCCUGGAAAACAUCUCUGUAGCCUGGAUCUACGGCACUAAGAGGUUCAUGCAGGACCUGGAGGACAUGCUUGGUUUCAGGCCUUACUCCUUCUAUUACUACAUGUGGAGAUUCGUGUCGCCAGCUGUCCUGGUGUUGCUCAUUAUCUCCACUGUCAUUGAGAUGGCCGUUAGUCCUGCAGGAUACAACGCCUGGGUGGAGGCUGAGGGCGCAGAGCGUUUCCAAAGCUACCCUCCCUGGGCUUUAGCUAUGGCCUACUCCCUCAUCGUGGUGGCCAUGCUGCCUUUACCCCUCGUCUUUAUUGUUCGCCACUUCAACCUGAUCUCAGACGGCUCAAACAAGCUGUCCGUCUCCUACCGUAAAGGCAUGAUGAAGGACAUCUCCAACCUCGAAGAACAGGACGAGCAGCGCUUCAUCCUCAGCAAGAAGCUCAGCGAGGCUCCUUCCCCGAUGCCUACCCACCGUGCUUACCUGGGCCCCGGCGGCACCCAGGAGAUGACCAACACCAACUACGGCACCAGCACCAAGACGGGCUACCAGAACAUCGGCUCGCCGGAGUCUGAGCUAUGAUCCACUGAGCUCAUAGAUCCUCCCAUCCAUUAAACCCCAGCCUUGCUUAGAGAGAGGGAGACAGAGGAAGAAAGGGAGGAACAGAGGAAGUCAAGAGGCAAUGAAAAUCCACUGUUGUUGCAGCGUUCAUCACACUUUAACCCCCAGAGCUGAAUCUCUCUAUCCCCCCUUCUCUGCCCCUACGCUCCACGCCUUUGGUUCUUCCCUGCCAUAGGAUCCAUGCUGCCAGUUGCCUGUCAAUCCCAGCUGUAAUGAAGGGAUUAUGGGAAUGUGAGUCCCACCAGAUAUGACGACAUUUUCCAUUUGUCAAAGUAAAAGGGGGGCAGAGAGAGAGGGACAUAGACAGGAACAGAGGGAGGAGUGAAGCUUAGAAAGGUCCACUGAGGGCUUAGAUACUACAAGCUUUGUUUUGUAAUAAGCUCUGGCUGAGGUUAAGGUAUGUGCAGCGCUAAAAUGCUUUACGUUGUACUAAACUGUGUGUUGACCAGUUUGGAGAAGGUUCUUUUUGAGACAGUUAGAUGUUCCUAACAUCUUAUUAUUCUGGUUCAGUUGUAUACAAUUAUUUGUGGGGUUAGGAUUGAUGGAAGGAGACUCAGAAAGAAAACUUAUUUCCAUGAUCAGUAUCACCGUAUGAGAACAUUUCUCAUCUAGAAAGCCAACGUAUUACAAAUGCAUUCAUAUCAGUAGGUAGUAAGUCUUAUAGUGUAAACAGUGUUCCAAGCACAUUACAUCUUUAAUGUGCCUAUCAUGCAUCCGCAAUAAUAACCAGUCAAUGUAGGGUCCUCAUAAAACUGUGGAUCUCCUUCUAUCCCUACUUUCCCCACUGAUGUAGAAUACUGUACAUAUGUGUUGUGCAAUAGUCUGAGAUGUCACCGUAAAUCGUGUAUAUACAUCACAGAAGUGCAAAACUAUUUGCUUCUUCAUUUCUUCUCCAUGAAUACCGAAGCACAGACACCCACUGUCGUUUUAGAGCAUCUCUGAGCCUUAACACAGAGCAGCACUUCUCUUUUAAACAACCUUUCUUCUUGAGAACUAAGGCUCUGGAGCUGUUGCCAACAGCACUGCACACAUUGUCUCGCUGCUGUUCCAGUCGCAGCUGGUCUAGACAAAGCUUUUCCAUUUGAAUCAAUCAAUUUAAUCAAGCGAUUCCAUUUUAAUCAAUGCCAUAGAAGGGCAGAGGUGGCAGUGCACGAGUAGAGAUAAGCAGAGCGGCAUCAUACUCGUCUGUCUGUGUGUUAAUGAGGCAGACCUAGAAGGAAUUGGAAAAUGUGAGUUUGUGUACGUGCCUGUGCAAGUGUGCGUGCGUCAGUGUGUCGUCUGCCACUGAAUGAGAGCUCCCGGUGACCCUGCCUCUUUAAAAAUAGAGCAGCGUUACCCAGGUAAGCCGUGGCAACGCACCAUAGAUACAGAUCCUCUUCUGAUGUGAAGGAGGAAGAGACAAGUGGACAUCUUGCUUUGUCGGCUCCACCUGCACAACUGUGUACUCAGCAAUACACACAAUAUAUUUUACUGUUGAGGCCCUACAAGAAUAUAUCUCUAAUGUUUUACAGUGCAUUGAGUAAGAGGUUCACUGCCAUGCCGUGUUUGGGUUUAAUUGUUGUACAUUCCUCAAAUUGUAACCACUACGGAUUUCAUAAAAUGUACACUUUGAUGUAUUUUUGUGAACUGAGGUGUGAAAAGUUUUAUCCUAAAAAAAAAAAAAAAAAAUGUCUAUAAUCUUGUAUGACAAUGUAUGUUUAGGGGUAUAAUAUGGAAAUUGUGCAAUGAUAUAAAUAUUUGGACUAAGUGGUAAUACACAGAUUUCAUCACUGGAUGUCUCUGUUGACCAGCAGAGGAGCCAAUGACUCUCUGUCUCUCGUGGCCCCUCCCUGAGACAACACCAAUACUUGAGACUGAACAGAUGUAGUGUGAAGCACAGUCAGUCACAUUGUUUGGUGCCUGAACAGCAUCUCUGUUGUCUGUUUGCCUUAUGCUUUUCUCAGUUUGGUUCAUCUCAUUCACUUGAGCACUUUAAUUAGGUAGAGACCCUGGAGUUGUUUGUCAAGUGCAGGUUGGACAAAAGCUUUGUCAGUAAUCACAAGAAUGCUGUCACAGAAUAUGUAUUGGUUAGAAAUAUUUAUAUAUAGUGACAGAUUGAGGGCUGAAUGGAGGCACAAUACACAAAUGUAUCACAAGCCACUUUGUCAGACACAUCUGGUUUCUUGUGUGUUAGUUAAGCAGAUUGUUUUCUGUAAACUUUGAGCAUUUUAACAAUAAUGUUUCAUCUUAUAUUGUUAAGAGCGUGUUGAUGCGUUGAAUUUUUGCCUGUUAUCACGCCAGUGUGGAUUGAUGCCAUUGGCUAGCUCCUAGGUCUUCCUAUUUUACAUAAUGUAAGUCUUGACCAAUGCCUACGCUAUUACAUGGCUCUUACUAUCUGCUUAGGUUUCAGGCUACAGUACCAAGUACUUAGUGUUAUUGGUUGAUAACUUAGAAAUGAUAUUGGGAGACUUCAAAGAUGACGACCAGUCCGAUGAGUUCAAAUCAAAUGCAGCUUUAUUCAAACAGUGAACAAACUCUCAUGACAAUGAGGCAACCAUGAGCAUGAAUGUACACCUGCAUGCACAAAUACCAAACCUAUCACUUAGUAGUGCCUACAGUAGCUGUGAUAUAUUUCUUGGUAUAUACUGAAGUGAUGAAUAAUAUAAUUCCCUACUGAUCUACAAAACACCUUAACAUAAUUUAUAUUCCCUACUGUCUCUCAAAGAUCUGUAUGUUCUUUUUUGUAAUAAUAAUGUGAGGGUUUAAGUAGUGAAAGCCUUCAUUGCAGGGAGUAAAGGGCAGUAUGUGAACCACUGUGAAAACAAAACAAUAGAAAAACAAAGGGAUCUUUCCACACUAGUCUCCCCCUAAAUCACAGGAAAGGUGGUUGCUCUCCAUCCUGAAUGCAUUAGGAUCUUACAAAUGAACAUGUAAACACACAUUAGCCAGAGUAUAGCUUGCUCAGUUGCUAAAAAUGAGUGUGCAAAAACAUGCAGAACUACUGUGAUAACAUGUACAAGAAACCAGAUGUUUUUGGUCAAUUGGCUUGCAACACAAAUGACAUAACCUCAGGUGAAGGCACUCUCCUGAACUCACCUGCAGCUAAAAAACUCUGACACACCAGGGCACAUUAAAGCACAUUAAAGCACAUUUAUGGAAGCACAGGAAAGUGAGCACAAAGGAGUUCCAUGCCUUGGUGAGCAAGCUCCAGUCAAUGAGUUAAAAAUAGAGUGUGGGUGAUCUGGAUGAUGAAACCUGUAGAUUAUGUUAGUUAUGGUCUAAUUCCUGCAUCCUCCAAGGGGUCACUGGAGGAUAAGUCUGCACACUGAAAUGCACUGCCAUCUACAUAAGAAGCUAAACUGCACCAUUAUAGUUUGUUCUAACUAUAGAUUGAUCUGCACAAUAAAUACAUAAGAGGUGACAACCGUGAGCUUAUACUGGUUUGGAGGAAAGAGCACAAUCAAAACACAUGAGUUCAUAGAGUCUUUUGAAAACAGCAAUCUCAAGUUUAAACCCCUGGCUUAUUUCAAUACAUGUUUGCCACAUUUCGCCUAGGAGUUCCUACUUCUCCACACCAGGCACAGCAGGUCUUGCCUCUAACAUUAAAUACACUGUUGAAAUACUCUGCCCAGUGGAAAAAUGUCUUAUAUUGGUUAAAAUUUGCUCAGUAAAAAGAUAUUGGCAUUUAGUAGGCUAUUGAUAUUGGAUAUUUAUUGUUGAAAACUCCAACUCCAGGGUUUCUUUGUCUUGUCCAUGUGUCAGUUGUGUUGCAUUAUGUACUACAAAGCAACUUCUAGAUUACUGUAACUCAGUUGAAUUACUGUGAAUAACGCAACAAAAAUAGAGUAAUUGUGUUUUAAUUUAAUUGUGCAAAUAGUCUUUAUGUGAACAAAUCCAUAGUUAUAUUUAUAGUAUUUAAGACAUGAGAUGUAUUUAAUCUGUACAUAUUGAUGUACAUUCUGAUAAAUCCACACUGAGUAUAGUAUAGCAUAUAGUAAGAGUGACCGGGUGUAUACUUGAGCUGUAAAUAAUAAUUGUAUAUUUUGAUAUAUUUUUUGAUUUUUGUACUGUAGGUAAUGUUACUUUGCUGUCUGUUGGUUUCUGUGUGUGUGGUUGUGGUUGUUCUCAAUCAAAAUAGCUGACUGUGUGUGUGUGUGUGUGUGUGUGUGUGUGUGUGUGUGUGUGUGUGUGUGUAAAGUAAGAGUAUAUGUAGGUUUUUGGUGUUUAAAUGUGUGUUUUUUCUCCUCUCUCUGUGUUGUGUGCUGCUGAUCUAAUCCAGUAGAUAAAAUCCUGUCGUUACAGUGAACUGGGACCACUAAUGUAAGCAAUCUCUGCUCUGUUUUUCUUACUGGAACUACAGCGGCUUCCAGCACAAAACUGACAACACAACCAGAAGGAAAUGUUUGAGUAUAUAUAGUCAAACAUUUCCUUCUGAUUGUUCAGUCGGAAUCUGUGUGUGAAGAUUCAGGUUGUUAUAACAUUGAUACAGAAACUGAAGUUCUUUGGUUGAAGAGAGUGAUGAACUGUACAAAAAUGAUGAA